AUGGCACGCGUUGUGAUUGUCGGUGCAGGUCUCUACGGUCUUAUUGCCGCAAAAACAUACCUACAGGUCGUGGGAGCCUAUGACAGAAACGCAGAAGAUGCCGCCGAACGUCUUCUCGUCAUUGACUCCGCCUCGGAUAUUGGAGGUACAUGGGCAGAGGAGCGCCUGUAUCCAAAUCUACUAAGCCAGAAUACAUACGGGCUUUAUGAGUUCAGUGAUCUUGCUCUUUCAGAAGUUGUCCCAGAGGAGAAUGAUGACGAUGGCACGAAAAAUCAGUUCAUUGCAGGGUGGAAGAUCAACCGAUAUCUUCGUGCGUGGGUAGAGAAAUGGAAGCUUCGAAAGCAUAUCAGGUUGAACUGGACGGUUGACGACAUCAGUCGCUUGGGGAACAAGCAGUGGAAGCUCAAAAUCACCAAAGUCACAUCCAGCUCGACACAAAGUAUCACGAUUAUAUGUGAUAAAUUGAUUCUUGCUACAGGAUUAACAUCGGUGCCAAAUUUGCCGGACACUCAAGCCUCUUCAAAGACAGACAGUCCUGCUCCAGUGAUCCACGCCAAGGGUGUUGGAAGCUGGGCUCGUGAACACCUGGGAUAUCAACCACUGGAAAUACCCCAGCGCUCAACCUCCAAUCCUCCAAGUAAUGAGCCUGCCUACCCAGAACUUGGAUCGGUUGCAAUCUACGGAGGCGCAAAAUCAUCCUUUGAUCUGGUGCAUUUCUUCGCUACUCUGCACCGCAACGACCCGAAGCUGCGUCUAGCAUCCAAACAACAAAAUCCAAUUCAGGUGCAUUGGAUCAUUCGUGAUAGAGGGGCAGGUCCUUCAUGGAUGGUGCCUCCGACGUCAACACUACCAAACGGCGACACUGUUGCGAGUGAUAAGGCCGCAAGUACUAGAUUGCUCAGCUAUCUAACCCCAUGCUGCUACAAGAUCCCGAAGCGGUUUUCUUUCAAAGAGUUCCGGUGCGAGGGGGCAUGGCUGGCGCGACUUUUCCAUGGCAACCCACUGGGUCGAUGGUGGAUUCGGAUGUUGUGGCGCUCCAUUGAUAAAAGCCUGGAGGAGACAGCGCAAUAUAGAUCAGAUCUGAAGAUGGCGAAGAUUCGUCCAGAAAAUAGUGUUGUUUCCUGUGCUUCUGGCAUUGGCAUCGCAAAUCAAGGAGAUCUCUGGGAGGCAAUUAGAUUGCCUCAUGUGCAAAUUUACCGAGCAGGGGUCAAAAACAUUAACGUCCCAAACUCACAAGGAACCACAGACUCUGCCGGCAAGGCUGUGGUUCAAUUGUCGGACGGAACUUGCAUUGGCGGCGUUGGUCUGGUCAUCCAUGCUACUGGCUAUAAGCCAAUUGUCCCAAUUCAAUUUAAUCCACCAAGCCUUCGAUUGAAUCUUGGGUUAUCCGCCCUAAUGGAUUCGGAGCCCCAGGAGUAUCACGAAGAUCAGGUCUUAACGGUAUCUCCCGAAACGGUUCAUGGGUCUUUGGACCCAAGCAUAAAGGACCGCAUUGAUCAUUGGGAGAACCUAGACCGUCACUCCGAAUUGAAAGUCAGGAACACUUUAAAUACGACAAGAUGUGUCCUUGCAGAUCGCAAUCCUCCGUCAUGGGCUGCAACUCACAAACUACUACCAUACCGUCUAUUCCGCCGUAUGGUGGCCCCAGAACUAGUUGCACAAGGGGACCGCUCUUUCGCGACGCUCGGUGUGCUCUUGUCGUCGACAAUUGCUGUUGUUGCCGAGGUCCAGGCCCUGUGGGUAGCGGCAUUCCUCACGGGGGCAUUGGACUCAUCUGGCGACGUGAGGUCAACAAAAAGCGAGGCGCUUUCAUUUGCAGACCUCUCGGAAGAGUCGAUUGAGGGUUCCAUUUCCGAGGAUGUUGUACUCGGUUCGUUGACUGGGACUGGGCUUGAAGUUGAUGCUAUUCUGUACAACGACCUGCUUAUGCGCGACCUGGGCUUGAACCCAUACCGACUCGGAGGAGGGUUUUACACUGAACUCACUGGGGUGUAUAAGCCAUCGGCAUAUGCUGGAAUUGUGGACGAGUGGAAGAAAAGCCGAGGUCUGGCCGGUGGCCAUGUGUAG